GAGUUUUGACCACAUGACGCACUUGAUACCUACAGACCAUUGUAAAUUACAUGACUAGUCAGAAAACCGCCGCUGAGAUAAGAUAGACGAUCAAUAUAAUAUCUUGUGGACACUGAUUACUAUUCAGUCAGUUUUUUCGUGUUGUUAGUUGAGUAACGUUUAAGAAUGGCGCCCACUUUGUAUUAUGCGGACCUCAGCCCUGCCGUUAGAGGAACCCUGCUCGCCAUCAAAGCUUUGGGGAUAGAUGUUAAUUUGGAACCAGUCAAUUUAAUGGCAGGAGAACACAUGCAACCGAAUUUCUUAAAGAUGAACCCACUACACACAGUACCUACUCUGAAAGAUGGUGAUUUUGCCAUUUGGGACAGUCACGCCAUAAACGCUUAUCUUUCAACAAAGUACGGAGAAAAUGACAAACUUUACCCCACUGAUCCAGAAAAACGGGCUGUCAUCGAUCAAAGACUGCACUUCGACUCUGGAAUUUUGUUCCCCAGAGUUGGUGCUAUUGUGGUGUCUCUACUUCGUGGUGGUGCGAAGACCAUCUGUAAAGACAAAGCUGAUCUCCUGACCCAAGGAUACAUGUCCCUAGAAACCCUGUUGGAAGGUAGCACCUACGUGGCAGGUGACGAACUCACGUUGGCAGAUCUGAGCAUUAUCGCCACAAUUUCCAGUGCUAAUGUGUUAGUUCCGAUUGCCUCCAAUCGCUUCCCGAAAAUUACCGAAUGGAUGAGCAGAAUGCAACAGUUACCUUACUACCAUGAGGCCAACCAAGUUGGCCUGGAUAAAUUUACUGGGAUGAUCAGGAGCAAACUGGCUUAACAUGGAUCAAUUUCAAUCAUUCAUUCACUCAUUCCUUCCCUCCUUCUUAUGUUAUAUUGUAUUUCAUUUAUAUUUUUAUAUGUAUAAUAUAAUAUAUUUAAAUAAAUACUUAUUUACUUCGUUAUA